AUGCCUCUCCAGUUCCAAGAAGCGGACUUCAAGGAUGGCAAAGCCAUCGCCAACGUCUGCAUCAGUGCUUUCUUCGACGAUCCAUUUCAGAAGAGCUUGUAUCCAGGAAAGCCAUUCGACAAGCAAGUUGCAGGCGUCAUCUCCAGAUGGCCAAACAACUACGGCGACAUAUCCGCUCAUUACAAAGUAGUCGUUGAUACUGAUACUAGCGAGGUUGUGAGCUACUUAAAGUCCGGACUCUCGAUUUGUGAGCCAGAGACCCGGUUGACUCCCACAGGUCUCCCAGAAAACUUCAAGCCAGUGCGAUCUUCGACUCCGAAAGGGCUCAAUGAUCCUUUCGCAACAGACUUUACGAAAAAGAGACGAGGCUGUGCAAGCCUGCAUUUAUCCUGGACUACUGAGCUUGCGGAGGAAAAAGGAUUGACCUGCUGGGUCGAGGCAUCUCCGAUGUCAGUUGCUCUUUACAAGAAAUUUGGCUUUGAAAUCCAAAACACGAUCGUGGUUCAGCUGGAUGAAAGUUGUGGGGGAGGCACACAAACUUCUUCCUGUAUGAUGCGAGAGCCAAGGAAGUGA